AUGCCAUUUGACUCGCCACUUGGCUCCUUCCUACUGCCUCCCUUCCGGAAGCCGAAGCGCAUUCGCACUGCCUUCAGUCCUGGUCAGUUGCUAAAGCUAGAGCAGGCAUUUGAAAAGAACCACUACGUAGUGGGCAAUGAGCGGAAGCAGUUAGCCAACCACUUGGGACUGAGUGAGACGCAAGUAAAGGUAUGGUUUCAGAACCGCCGUACCAAACACAAGCGACAGAAGCAGGAGGACGAAGAGUCAGGCUCAGGGUCGGUGACGAACGGAGAGAGUGGCAAUGCCAGCAAGGAGUACAGUGACGACGAGGAGGAGAUUGAUCUCGAGGAGGACGAGGAGAGCACUACCAGUGAUCAGGAGCACGAGAACAAUCCCGCCAAUGCUGCGCUCAAGUUCGCCAACAUGCACCACCUCUGGUACCAGUCUGCCAUUGGCGCUGGUCUGGUCCCCGAGACGCCCGUCACCUCAGCCAACUCCACUUAG